ACCUCGAAGAAGCUAAUAAACCAAUCACUCAGGCUAAAAGCGUCAUAACGACAGCAAAAAAAGACAUGCUUGGGACAUCUGAACGCGGAAAAACAAGAACCUGUCAUGAGUCAUAUCACGAUAAAUGCUACUCUCCGCGUAAUUCUGUCACGGCUUCCAAUACUCAUCCAUUGCCUCUCCACACGAGAGACUCUCACAAUAGCAUCCGGGACGAAGAUAUGGUGGAUGUAAACGACUCGCGAACGCAAAAGGAUUUUUCGACUUACAACAACCUUAAUGGAGUAUUGACAAUGUUUGAUCUGCCCACAGUAAAUUCUAUCGACGACUUGCCACAAAUAGACUUCCGUAAGCUGAAUCCAAUUCCAAGAUCUCUCGAAGAUAUAUCCAGUAAGAAAGCGAAAAAGCGAAUUAAAAAAGAAGACUCACCCUCACUGAAGAGACUUCCGAAACUUCUGGAAAAUCUGAAGUAUAUAGUAAAAACACUACGGAUUUUUACGGCUCAAUGA